AUGCCGUCUCUUCGCAGCACAGCCGUUGCCAUUGUUGGCUUCACUGCCGCUGUCUGGGCACUCCCAGCUCAGCCCAAGUUCAGCUCUGGGCAGAUGAAAAUAUACGAGUAUAGCAAGCGUCAGAACGCUGCUGCUGCUGCCCUCGGCCUCACUGAUAUCGACAUCCUACAGUUCGCCCUAACUCUUGAAUGGUUGGAGACGUCCUUUUAUCAACAGGGCUUUGCAAAGUUCCCGCAGUCCGAUUUCCUCUCUUUAGGUCUGACCCAGCAGCAGUUUGAUGAUCUUGUUGGUGUAGGAGCCAGCGAGGCGACCCACGUCUCCUUGCUCCAGUCUGCCAUUGCCCAAAAUGGCGUGAAGCCAGUCGAGCCCUGCACCUACGACUUCAACUUCACUGACGCAAAAUCCAUGAUCACCACAGCGGCGGUGCUGGAAAACAUCGGUGUCUCGGCUUACCUAGGCGGUAGCCCAUUGAUCUCAAGCCCGUCUAUUCUCAGCACAGCCGCGUCAAUUCUCACGUUUGAGGCGCGCCACCAGACGUUUGUGCGUGUCGCAACGGCCGCUGCUGCUGCUCCUGGUGCCUUUGAUACUGCUCUGUCACCGAAGCAGGUGUUCUCCCUGGCCGCACCAUUUAUCCAAUCUUGCCCAACCGGCUCGAACCUGAUCCUGACGCCAUUCCCAUCGCUGGCCAUGGCGACUGGGGCGCAGGCUGUGGCUGCAGCGGGACAGAUGAUUAACCUUGAAUCGUCGGUCUCGGCCUCGGCCCAGUUCUGCGCUUUUACAAACGGCAACAUCCUUGGCGGCACUGCCUUCUCUGCCUUCAAACCUGGACAGGGCUGUACAGUUCCCGGCCAAGGCGAGAUUGCCGGUAUCGUCUACGUCAACCUCGCUACCCAGGCACCAUUGAGUGGCAUCAUCACAGAUGACAUAAUCGUUGCAGGGCCCAUGGUACUGCAGAUCUCGUGA